UUAUAAAAAAACCAAAUACUUAUCGAAAAUGAAUAACAAUCGCGUUCCUCAGUGGGCAUGCACUACCGCAAAGACUUGCUCCAUAUGCUACAAUGAGAUUCCGAGCGAGGAGUCUCCCACAUACGGAGUUCUGACUCUUUGCGAACACGUCUUCUGCUAUGGCUGCAUAUCAACAUGGAAAAAGUAUUGCAAUUUGCAAUGCAGCGGUGUUAGAUGCCCCAUGUGCAGAAGAAUUUCGUCGUUCAUCGUGCGUUGCAAGUACUUCCCCAAGGAUACGCAGACGAAAUUGAUCUUCGUGAAGCAUGUUUACCUAGCGGUAAUCAAGUAUUUGAGUACUGACGAUUAAAUGAAUAAUUACUUAAUUUUAAUAUUUAUUAUAGCACUUAGUUAGGUUAAUAAGUUAUUGUAACAAAAUACCCAUUUAAUUUGAUUUCAAUAUUUGCUGCAGUUUUUUGGUAUACAUUACAAUACUUUUGUCUCAUUUCUGGACUAAAUCCUAUAGGGUGCCUUUCAGUUUUACGUUUCUAAACUGUCCUGGCUCAUCCAUUUGUGCUAUUAGAUUAUCCCUGUAA